AUGACACCACAACCAGAGUCUGCUCCUCAAUUACCUCCAAGGGUUGAGGUUCCAAUGGAGAUGAAUUUAUCUAAUGUUGAACCAGGAAUGGAGCCUAGUAUGGUUCCGAAUUUAUUUGAUGCUUCUCGUCUUCCAAAAUCGGAGAUUGAAAUUUUAGGAUCAUUGGAUCAGUACAUGACUGCAAUGAGUCGAUCACAACUUCAAUCAACACUGCAGAGUUCUGGAUCAUUGUGUUCAAAUGUGGAGGCUAAUAAUGAAUCGUUUAAGAGAAUGAAGCAAAAUUUGGAAAGUUCUAGAAAUACAAAACCAAAAUUUUCGGAAAAGUUGGAAAAAACAAUUCAUGACGAUAAGGCAGUAGGAAGACAAUUUAUGCAAGAGAAGGCCCUCAGAAAGUAUGAAGAAUAUUUGCAAACUUGGGGGGAUAUUGGAGAACGGUUGGCAAAUAAAACAGGAAAGCCAAAAACUUCUUUGGUGAUGGAAAGUCAAGAUGCAUUCAGAGCAAAAAGAGAGGAAAUAGAUAUUUUGGAAGCUUCCAUUCCAGUAGAAAAACGUCACAACGAAUGGAGUUGGGAAUUAUCUCUUAGAAAUGUACCUGAGGACGAUGGAGUGAGAUAUGUUAAAAUUGGAAAUUAUCCAUAUCCUUUGUUUUGUCCUAUUAUUGAGAAAAAAAUUAGAAAGCCAGCUACUGUGAGAAAUCCUGAUAGAUUUAUUGCAGAGGAUAACACACCUUUGGGAAUUAGGUCAAUGAAAUCAGACUAUGUAAAAAAGAAAUAUGGAAAACUAUUAGCUAAGGAACUAACCCAUGAUCCCUCUUCUCUUAUUGAAGAACUGAAGGUUAUUGGUCAAAAGAUUGAGGAAAAGUACAAUACAUAUGACGAAGAGGAAACAUAUUCUGCUUCUCAUCUUCCAUACGAAAUUAAGGAAGAGGAAGCAAAAGAAGAGAUGGAAGCUCCUGCUUUUCAAUUAUCGGAAAAUGAUAUUCUUUUUGAUGCCAUUCCAGGAGAAUUGGUUCAAAAGGAGGUUGUUCUUGAAAAUACAGGAUGCUGCUCAAUCCAAUACAAAUGGGUUAAGGUUGAGCCAAUUACAUCACUUCAAAAGAAGAGGGCUGAAUCCAAAUUUAUGCUUUCUACAGAAGGAAAGGGAAUAUUGCUUCCUCAAAAAACCAAAAAGUUUGUCUUUUCAUUCGAGUCUGAUAUGGAAGGAAUUUUUACUGAUGGAUUUAAAUUGGAAACUAUUCCAAAGGCUUAUUGUGAUUGUGAUGAGGUAAAAUUGAAAGGAGUAGUAAUUUCAGAGGAACAACAGGAUUUGGAACCUUUUGUAGAGAAGGAGGAGGAGAAUGGAGUUUACAUUGUAAUGCAUGAUAUAGUAGAAAGAGUGAUUGAUAACUUACCUGAACCAGCCCCACCAAAAGACAAUAGAGACGAAAUGAGAAAGAUAAAGGUUGAUCUACUGAGAGAAAAGUUUGUGGAAAGAAACAAGCACUUGUAUCAUGAAGUAACAACAUUCUCCAUUUCUGAAGAUUUACUACAUGCUUUCCAUUGUUUGUACACAAACGCAGCAACCAUUUUACAACAAUCGAAUACUGUUUGGGAUUAUUCUCUCUUCUCAUUGAGGGCACUUGUGCAACAAAUUACAGAGGAUGAGAAGAGACACACUCUCCUCGUGGUCUUGUUAGAAUUAAUGAGAGUUUUAGAUAAGGAACAGGUUGAAUAUAUUGAAAGAGAAACUGCCAAACUUGAAACCAAGAUUAGAAGAUCCAUUAUGUACGAUCAAUUAAUGGGAGCAAUGACUGAGUUCCUUGAUACAGCUGGCUUUUUAGAUGAAUCAAUGAUCAGCUCAGAAGCAGCAAAGAAGGCAAAUGCCAACACCUCCGAGAAGGAAGUUAAGGACAAGUAUAUUGCAGCACUUCAAACUCAAACUAAAACAAUUUUGGGCAAUGCAAUUACCAGAACUGAAAAGCAAUGGGAUUUCCACUUGAAAACCAAUUCAUGCAUGCUUAAAGAAUGA